AGCGGUCUUGCAACUACCCAUAGCCAAUCACCAUCAUAGUGCAUAAUGUGGCCCCUUAGGAGCGGACCUUCAAAUGUUAAUACGCAAGUUGCGCCUCCUCCAGGGCUCUUUCAAGAUGUGCAGACAAAUCCCAGCAGUAUAACAACCGUGCCCCAGUCUCCGCCGCCGACGAUUCCAGCCUCGACCCAGGCGCAUAGCACGAUCCCAGAGGAGUACACGCUUGACGAGCCAGUGUGGAAGACGUUGUGGCGAGACAUUGUUACCAUUGCACGCAAUUUACGUUCUGUGCUCAUACCAGUGAACUGGAAAUUUCACGGGCAGGCGCAAGCUCUGAGGAACUGGGACCUAUGGGGCCCGCUGGUCUUCAUGCUAGUCCUUGCAAUUGUGCUUUCGGUGGGCGAGCAAAAUGCCUCGCAGGUGUUCGCGAUGGUGUUUGCGGAAGUAGCACUAGGUGCGAUCAUCCUGACCGUCAACGUCAUUCUGUUGGGAGGCGAGCUUGUCUUUUUUCAAGCGGUGUGCCUUCUGGGAUACUGCCUCUUCCCGCUCGUGGUGGCCGCCAUCAUUUGUGCGUCGGUGCAGGCGAAGUGGAUCCGCUCUGUGGUGACAGCGGGCUGCCUUGCAUGGGCCUCCUUUGCAACAAUCCCCUUCAUUGGGAAUGCCGUUCCACGAGGGCGUAAAGCCCUGGCGGUGUACCCAGUCAUGCUCAUGUACGUGUCGCUGGCGUGGCUUGCGCUGGUGAAAAGAUAGUUGCAGGUUAGGCGAGCUGCCGCCAGCUUUUCUGCGCUGGGAAAUAAUGCAACGCUAAAUGCUAUAGGGAAAAAGGCGUGGCUUGGUGAACGAAAGUGGAGCGGCCCAGUUUCUCUGGCUCUCGCUGGAUUGAGGUUAAGCGACAGGGCAGCUGCGGUUCCAGGUGGAU